AUGCUGAGUGUUUGUGAUUUGGAGGAGUUGAGGUCUCUUGAUCGGCUCAGACACCUCGGACUAGAUAGGCUGGAAAGGUACUCCUCUAAUGGGACUUCUCUGCUGCUGAAUAAAUCCCUUCUUCAGAGAUUACGUCUCUCCUGCACAUCCAAACUACAAUAUUCCGAGGAGGAGACUAAUCAGAUACAACAUGUCUUUGACAAUCUAAAGCCUCCACCAGGAUUGGAUGAUCUUAUAAUCGUUGGGUUUUUCGGCCGAAAAAAUCCAAGCUGGAUGCAGUCAUCGUCUUUGGUAACUUGUUUUCCUUGCUUGACGUGCCUGACACUGAAAAAUUUUGCAUCGUGCUUGCAGCUUCCACCACUGGGUGAGUUGCCGCAUCUGCAAUAUCUGAAAAUUAUCGGUGCAAACUCUGUACUCAGCAUCGGGCCGGAAUUUCUUGGGGACGACGCAGCAACAUCAACUGCUUUUUUUCCUGAGCUUAAAUCGUUGAUUAUAGCAAAGAUGCCAAGCUGGGAAGAAUGGUCUCUGCACCGAGGAGGAGGAGAAGCGGAAGAAGAAAUAACGGCAGCACCAGAGCGGCCACGCCUAUUGCUGCCUAAUCUCGAGACAUUCAUUCUUCGUAACUGCCCCAAGCUCAGAUCUCUUCCACAAGGCCUGCUGGAUCAUGCAACCAAAUUGAGCUCUUUGUUUAUUGAGGGAGCCAACGAGCUGAAAGCCGUGGAGAACCUGCCAUCCCCGAGUGGACUACUACAAACCAAAGAUUGUCCUUCUCUGGAAAGGAUCUCAAACUUGGGGGCACUCAGGAAGCUGGAGAUAAUUGGCUGCCCAUCACUCGUGUGUGUGGAGAAGGUAGAUGUACUGAAACGCCUGCAAAUGAGCGAUGCUGCCAUGGAGCGCCUCCCCGAGUGGUUGUCGGGACUGGUGCAACCCCCCAACAGCAGUUUAGUUGUGGUGGUUGUAUGCGACGUCCGUCUGCUGGAACGAUGCAUUAGAGGAGGCGAAGACUGGCACAUCGUCCAGCAGAUACCUGCCGUCAGCUUAUACGCAGACAGUGACCGAGGAAGUCGAUAUGUACACUACAACAAGGAGCCCGUCAGCUACAACACCAACUUCAGCACAGAGUCAUAAAAUGGUGAAUCGGCGAGCGGCCUGUCGUUGAAGAAUGGUAUUCUUCUGCAAAACAAGAAUGCCUUGGAGGAGUCCAUCAUUCAUCGAGCGCAUGCUUUGCUUUUCCUACUUAUA